CGCGUCAGGAGCCCGCCAGUCGGGCCAAGCGGCGGCGAAGGUGAGAGGGCAGAGCAUGUCUGCUCCGGACCGGCUCCCUCCGGAGGCCGAGCGCGCCCGGCAAGCCCUCCCCACCGAGCAGGUUCCGGAAACAGAUGAAGAUAAAAUGGAGGAUGGCUGUUCCCGGAAACUGGCUUCUGUAAAAUACUUCAGGCUGUCAUUGCUAGUUCUAAUUCCCUGCAUCUGCACCCUUAUACUUUUGUUUGUGAUUCUUCUUUCCUUCGUAGGUGUGUUGGGAAAAAAGUGCGUUCAUUCAAAUGGAAGUGACUUACUUGGCACCGACAUUCAUUUUCCUAGCAUGAAUGAGAGUGAUGUAGUUGUGGUUCCUUCAGUGGACAAUGAAAUAGAGCUGACCUCUUGGAAAACAAACCAAUCUUUUCAUGUCAACCAGAUGCACCCAAACAUCAGUAUACUUAGGGGAACCUCUUGGGUUGCCUCUGAAACUCCAGCAGUGAAAACGAAUAUUACAGAUGAAAGGAUUUUGACGAAAGCGCCCCAUAAAAACUGGUCAGCGGCAGAGGCGUCAGUAGAAGAGGACCUGGGGUCCACUGACCCAUCCAUCAAAGUCAUGAACAAAACGUUUUCUGAGCCUGCAGUGAAAUCUACGAUACCGCCCGCUGUGCAAGACGUGGGUUUGAAAAAAGGUUUGUGUAUAAACAUCAACUACACCCAGUGUGAAAUGCUACCAUAUAACCAGACUACUCUAAGAUCAGUUCUUUCCAUUGUGAGAAGCAUUGAAAUGGAAAAAUUUCUCAAGUUCUUUGGUUAUCUCAACCGCCUCGGCUGUUAUCAACACAUUAUGCUGUUUGGAUGUAGCCUGGCUCUUCCUGAGUGCAUCAGAGAUGGUGAGAACAGUCAUGGACUUCUGCCUUGUAGAUCAUUUUGUGAGGCUGCAAAGAAAGGAUGUGAACCAGUCCUUGCAGUGGUCAAUUCUUCUUGGCCAGAGUUCCUCGCCUGUUCCCAGUUCCAUAACAAAACUAAAAAUAACAAUAUCACCAAGGUCUGCUUCUCCCCCCAAGGGGAAAAAUGGAAAGGAUUAUUUUGUGAAGAAGAGGACAGCUUCUUGUGCAGAAGUGGGGUUUGCGUCCCAAGGAUUCUGCAGUGCAAUGGCUUUAAUGAUUGUGAUGACUGGAGUGAUGAAAUACAUUGCAAUUGCAGUGAAGAGCUUUUCCGCUGCCACACGGGAAGAUGUGUCAAUUACACCUUCGUUUGUGAUGGUUAUGAUGAUUGUGGAGAUCUGAGUGACGAACAGAACUGUGAUUGUAAUCCAGUUACUCAGCAUCAGUGUGGAAAUGGGAGAUGCAUAACAAUGGAUUGGAUCUGUGACGGUGAUCCUGACUGCCUAGACAAAUCAGAUGAAAUCAAUUGUUCCUGCCAUAGCCAGGGACUGGUGGAAUGCAGAAAUGGUCAGUGUGUCCCUAGUGCUUUCCAGUGUGAUGGAGACAAGGAUUGCAAGGAUGGAAGCGAUGAAGAAAACUGCGGUGGAAGCCAAAGAUUAUGCCAGGCAAGAGAUCAGAAAUGUAAUUCAACUUCCUGUCCUGAUUCUUGUAGCCAGUCUCCUCCCUGUGACACGAAUAGCAGCCAAAUGGAUUGCAGUCAGUGUGAACACAUUACCCUGGAAUUAUGCCUGAACCUGCCAUACAAUUAUACUCAUUACCCCAACUAUUUAGGCCAUCGGACACAGAAGGAAGCCUCUAUUAGUUGGGAGUCUUCUCUCUUCCCAGCCUUGGUCCAGACUAACUGUUAUAAAUACCUGAUGUUUUUUGCCUGUACCAUCUUGGUGCCAAAAUGUGAUUUUCAAACAAAUGAACGUAUCCCACCGUGCAGGACUCUUUGUAAGCAGUCCAAGGAACGUUGUGAAUCUGUUCUUGGAAUUGUGGGUUUACAGUGGCCGGAGGAUACUGAUUGUGCUCAGUUCCCGGAAGAAAAUUCGGACAAUCGAACUUGCCUGCUGCCUGAUGACAAUGUAGAAGAGUGCUCACCAAGUCACUUCAAAUGUCGUUCGGGAAGAUGCAUUUUGGCGUCCAGAAGAUGUGAUGGACAAGCAGAUUGUGAAGACGACAGUGAUGAAGAGAACUGUGGUUGCAAAGAAAGAGGUCUUUGGGAAUGCCCAUCCAACAAACUGUGUAUUCACCAUGCAAUGAUAUGUGAUGGUUUUCCAGAUUGUCUUGACGAUGUGGAUGAAAAAAAUUGCUCAUUUUGCAAGAAGGAUGAAAUUGCAUGUGCAAACCAUGACUGCGUACCCCAUAAGUCGUGGUGUGAUGGGCGAGCAGAUUGUGCCGACAAAUCCGAUGAAUGGAGCUGUGUGUCCCUAUAUAAAAACAGCAGCUCUUUGAUGUUCCUGACUGUAUCUAGGUCAGCUACCAAUUAUUAUGUAUGCGCUGAUGACUGGGAAGAAAAUUUAAGCCUCUUGGCAUGCAAACAGAUGGGUUUUGGUGGACCAGCUGUGACAGAACUUAUUCCAGUGUAUGAGCUUCCUCUACAGGAAAAGUGGUUGAACCUACAUCCUGAUUGGGAGAAGAAAACUAGGUUCACACUGCAUGCUCUUUUAGUAACAGGGUUACCAUGUAAAAGCAAGAAUGUGGUUUCUCUCCUCUGUGCCAAAGAAGAUUGUGGCCGUCGCCCUGCAGCUCGGAUGAGCAAGAGGAUCCUCGGUGGCAGGACCAGUCGCUCAGGACGUUGGCCAUGGCAGUGCUCGCUCCAGAGCGAGCCCAGUGGGCAUAUCUGUGGCUGUGUUCUCAUAGCAAAGAAAUGGGUCUUAACGGUGGCACACUGCUUUGAAGGGAGAGAAAAUCCGAAGGUAUGGAAAGUAGUUUUUGGCAUCAACAAUUUGGACCAUCCUUCAGCCUUCAUGCAAAUCCGCCUGGUGAAAACAAUUAUUCUGCACCCUCGUUACAACCGUGCGGUGGUGGACUACGACAUCAGCAUUGUGGAGCUCAGUGAAGACAUCAAUGAGACCAGCUACGUCCGACCAAUUUGCCUUCCCACCAGGGAGCAGCUGGUUAAGCCAAAUACCUAUUGCUACAUUACUGGCUGGGGACACAUGGGCAACAAAAUGCCCUUCAAACUGCAGGAAGGGGAAGUGCGCAUUAUUUCUUUGGACCAAUGUCAGUCUUACUUUGACAUGAAGACCAUCACAGUCAGGAUGUUAUGUGCAGGCUACGAGUCUGGAACUGUGGAUUCUUGCAUGGGCGACAGCGGAGGACCUCUUGUGUGUGAGCAGUCAGCUGGACGCUGGACGUUAUUUGGUUUGACUUCUUGGGGCUCAGUCUGUUUUUCCAAAGUUAUGGGUCCCGGAGUUUAUAGUAACGUGUCUCACUUUAUUGAAUGGAUUGAAAGAGAAAUCUACCUGCACACGUUUUUGAUUCGCUGAUGCGUUGGUGCUGCACACGCUGACCAAAAGCAAUGUCCGAGGACACCGGAACAAUGAAAGCGUUGGCGAAGCUGAAGACAUUUGAUGAAUUGUCAAUUUUAUAGGUUGCAGAUGCGAAAGCAAUAGGGCAGGGUCAGAGAAUGUGUAAAAUCCUUCGUUGCCAGAGGUGCUUCUGAGUAACGCUCACAUAUUUUGCAGUUAUUUCUGCCUUGUUUCUUUAGCAGUUCUGCACCCGCCUUUCACUUUUCACUCACAAUUUCUAAUGUUUCACGAUAAGCCUUCUGCAGAAGUAUUGUUUUUCUAAAACAUAAAGAAAAGAGAAGAAAAACAUGGCUAAUAACCAAACGGGUUUUUUUUUUUAAAAAAAACCUAUGAUCCUCUGUCUCAAGUCCAUCUGAUUUUUAUAAGCUGAACCCCACUGUGUUCCCCAUCUGAACAGAAGGGGAUGUUUCAGUGCAACUAAGUUGGAUAUCUGUUCAGAUACAGCUGUAUUAUUUAAAUCAGUUGUUUCUCACCCUUUCUCCCAUGCUUAGAUUCCUUCCCACCUUGUAGAAUCAGUGCAGAACAAGCAUAUUGCCAUAGUAAUAUAGAACAUAUUGCUUAAAAAUAAAUAAGUAAUACAGAUAUUAAAUUGAGACUAGCCAGAAUGGUUGGAUCAAAUAGUCUUUAUGUCAUUUAACAGCUAAAUGUAAUAAUAAUGAUAAUAUUGAUAAAUUAAAACUGAUCUGUGACCACUGAAAUCUCCGAUAGACAGUUCAAAUACAGGACAGUACUUGAAAGAUAAUAGGAAAAAGCUGCAAAUGCACAUGCGUGGCAAUUCACGACCCAGAGAGUAAUUAAGGAUGCCAUACAAGUAGUCCUCAACUUACAACAGUUCAUUUAGUGCAGUGGUUCUCAACCUGUGGGUCGGGACCUCAUUUGGGGUCGAAUGACCAUUUCACGGGGAUCGCCAAACUAUGCUGUCCGCCAUU